AUGGACGCACGAGACCUCUACGCCAAGACCAAAGACUCGUUGGACAAGGAGCAGUGGAACCCCGAAGACAACGAGGAGUACGAAGACGGGGAGGGCAACGUGCUCAACAGACGCACCUACGAGGAUUUGGCCCGCCAAGGCCUCAUGUAA